AUGGCCAAAAGUGGAGAAUUCGCUGAAUUUGUUGCCGAAUAUGUCAUUAAACAGGAAUCUCAAGACAUCGAUGAGAAAGAGAUGCAAAUUCUGGCAAAACUAAAACAGACAGUGAAACCAUUGAUUGAAAAACAAUUGUCCGUCAGAUCUAAUGACAGCGAAGACAAUGACGUUAAGGCAAGGAAUCAGUCAGGAGUUGUGUCCACAAGUGAUGUAAAUAUAACAAAAACAUCUGCGGAGGAAAACGACGAGGAAGUGUUGGAUAAGAGCGACACAAAUAGUAAUAUAAAAUCUAAUGAUAAUUCUCAAGACAAAGAUUCAGAUGAAAGUAAAGGCAAACUCAUAGACAAAGAAGUGUCGGCCAAAGGAGGCAUCAAAAUGAGUGUCUAUAAGCAAUACUUUGGUCUAAUCGGCGCCUGGAGUUUGACCACAAUAUUCGUGGCUUUCAUUGUGUCAAACAUCGCGAGCGCGGCGUCGGGUCUAUGGCUGAGCGAGUGGUCAAACGACGCGCUCAACUCACAAGUGGUCAACGAUAGGGCCCAUAGGGGUCAUCGGCUCGGGGUCUACGCUGGCAUCGGUGCUAUGGAAGUGAUUGCUCUCAUUAUUGCAAAACUAUUGCUACGAUUUCGGUGUCUUCGGGCCAGUCGUGAACUGCACGACCAGAUGAUAGCGCGUGUGGUUCGGGCGCCCAUGUCUUACUUCGACACGACACCAAUCGGACGAAUAUUAAAUCGAUUCUCGCAAGAGAUAACCAAAAUGGACAGCGAACUAUGCUAUGUAUUUGAACUUAUGUUACUUAACUUUUUAUUGGUAAUACUGUUUCUGGGAAUGAUAUCAUUGGAAACACCAUUAGUACUGCUGGCCAUCGGACCCAUUAUUAUAGUGUAUAUCGUAUGCCAACGGAUAUACAUCUCGAGCUCCCGACAAAUCAAACGCAUUGAAUCCGAGACCCGAUCGCCGAUUAUAAGUCAUUUGAGUGAGACUUUCAACGGAACGGCAAGUAUUAGAGCGUUCGGCGCCGACCACUGGUUUGUCCGGCAGUCGUACCGACGGAUAGACGCCAACAAUCAAUGCUUUUAUUUAAGUUUUUGCGGAGAACAGUGGUUACAGAUUAGGCUCGAGUUCUUGGGCUCAUUGAUAGUGUUUGUGUCAACCAUUGCUGCCGUAAUUUGUAGGAACCAGUUGUCGCCCGGUUUGGCAGCACUUGUUAUUAAUUACUCGCUGAAUAUAACGCUAAAUUUAAGCUCAUUUAUAUCCUUUGUUAAUCAUACGGACAAUGCUAUGAUAGCCGUUGAAAAGUGUUUAGAAGUAACACAAACGCCACAAGAAGCUGAUUGGAUAAACGAGAAGACUAAACCCGCGGCCGAUUGGCCGACAAUGGGUUGCAUUCAAUUCACAGACUAUUGCACUAAAUAUAGAGAGGGAUUAGAUUUAGUGCUCAAAGAUAUAGCAAUUGAUAUGAAAGGCCGACAAAGGGUUGCGAUCGUCGGCCGCACUGGCGCUGGAAAGUCGUCCCUCGCGUUGGCUCUCUUCAGACUCAUUGAGCCGACGGCCGGAACCGUUACCAUCGAUGGCGUCGACUGCUCUACCAUUGGUUUGCAGGACUUGAGAUCGAGGCUAACA